AUGGACGACGACUACGGAGCCGACGAUGAACUUCUCGCCGCCAUGGCCGCUGCUGAUCCAGCACCAGUCGCACGACCAACACCACCAAAGAUCCAGCAACCCACGCCUCAACGGCUCGACAAAGCGCCUCCUUCUUCCGCCUCGAGCGCUGGAAAAGUAGUGCAACCAACCCCCCAAGCUCUACCUCAAAAACAAUCUGGAUCAACUAUCCUGGUAUCGCCCCGUCAGCGAGGAAAUCCCGUCCUGACAAGCAUUCGAUCCAUGCCGUGGGAGUACAGCGAUAUCCCAUCCGACUAUGUUUUGGGACUAGGAACAUGCGCUUUAUUCUUGAGUCUCAAGUACCAUCGUCUUCACCCCGAGUACAUCUACACUCGCAUCCGCAAUCUCCAGGGAAAAUACAACCUGCGCAUCCUCCUCACCAUGGUCGACAUCCCCAACCACGAAGCAUCCCUCAAAGAGCUCUCCAAAACAUCCCUCGUCAACAACGUCACCCUCAUUCUCUGCUGGUCCGCCGCCGAAGCCGCGCGCUACAUCGAGCUGUACAAGAGCUACGAAAACGCCUCCUUUGGCGCCAUCCGCGGCCAACAACCGUCAAGCUAUGGCGAGAAGCUCGUCGAGUUCGUCACCGUGCCUAGAAGCUUGAACAAGUCGGACGCUGUUGCUGUGGUGAGCAACUUUGGCAGCUUGAGGAAUGCCAUCAAUGCCGACGCCGAGCAGCUUGGUAUGCUCAACGGCUGGGGCGGCGUCAAGGUAAAACGAUGGGUUUCUGCGGUUGAAGAACCGUUCAGAGUAAAAAAGGCAGCAAAGAGAGGCGCAAAGGCUUCUGAAAAAACAGCGAGACUUGACCAAGCUCUCCCCCUUUCUCGUGUACCCCUACGAGACAUGCCUGCCGCUGUAUCAGCAGUAGCAUCAUCAUCUUCACGACAACCCCCUACUGGAGAAGCGUCUUCUUCUGAAACACCCCAGGCAAAGCAGUUCCAGUUUAUGGAUAACACUGAUGACGAGGAUGAUGACGAAGAAGCUAUGCUUGCCGCUGCUAUCGAAGCGUCGAAACAGACUGCUCAGACAGAAGAGGCUAGUCGAACGAGUCAGACAGAUGAUGGUGAACAAGUCAGUGAGGGUAUUGCAGCUGCUCUUGCGAGAUUGAGAGAGACUGAUUAA